AUGAAUAUACCUACGCCCGCCAAGGCGGUCGGGCGCUGCCUUUCCGCUUUCGUCUUCCGCUUCGCCAACCGUCGAUUCUUCUUUGCCUUCACAGCCCUGGCCGUGUGGAGCGCCAAGAUCAUUCACAUCCACGACCAUCGCACAGCGGUUCAUCCUACAUACCUACAAGAAUGGGCUUAUUCUUUCGUCGCCCAGGACAUCGCUGUCCUCACCCUUAUCCGACUCCUACUUGACCACUGGCUCGCCGGCCCCUUCAUCCUACGCGUCGUGGUCGCCCUCUUCAAUGGCCUCUUCAUGUUCUACAAUGCUGCCUUUAGCCUCAUCUUCGUCUCCUUCUACCUCGCCGCGGGCUCCGAAAUCCACCUCCGAAAUGUCUCCCUACCUACCGAUCCCUCGUCGCGAGCCCUUAUACUCUCGGGAAGCCUGUCGUUUGUCAUGGCCUUUUGUCUGAACUUGGUCGCCUCGUGGCUGUUCCAGAACAUUUGCUAUGGCAUUUACGGCUACUUCGCCGAUGUCGUCAAUUGGCCUUUCGCUAUGACAUGGCGCCUGUUCAGUCGAUUCGUCCUACGCAGGAGUAACUACUUGCAAGUUCCACAGAUCGAUAUCGAAGACCAAGUCAAGCGUCGCAGCGGCGAAUACGACGAUGCGAUUGACCACGAUGCUCACAUACGACGGGCGAUCCCGCGCUUUGCAUGCAAGGCUGUCGCCGACAUGAUCAUCUACAUGCUGUUCACCUUCAUUGUCCUCCUGCUCCUUUACGCAGCCUUCGAACGACCGAUAGACCGAUCGCUUAUCUUCCUUUCAUGGACGCCUGCCUUGAUGCCUUUCGUCGACCUUUCCGCCUCGUCGCCCGUCCUACAAAACCUGCCGCAAAUGCGAUAUGUUGGCAUUCAACGUUCAUGGGACAAUAAAACAGCUCUCGGCAUGCCGCCGACGCUGGACUGGCUUCCAAAAGAACAAAAGCUGGCUGGCUUCGAGGACUGGUAUAACGGCAAAGAUCAUUACAAUGCAGACGCCGAUCCCUCGAAGAUCUCGAACCUCGACCAAGAUCUCCUUGCCGAACUGGAGGACAAGCUACAAGACGUCCCCGUCCGACACGUCCUCCUAUUUUUCCUCGAAAGUACACGAAAUGAUGUGUUCCCUCUUAAGAAGGAGAGUGUGAUAUGGAAUCGACUGGUCGAAAGCUUUGGCGAGAAAGGUCUUCCUCCAGAUGCGAUGCGUCGACUCGCGACUUUGACCCCGACAGCGAACUUUAUCACUGGCGAUUACGACGACGGUUUCGACCACCUCAAGGCAGAUCAGGUGAAACGCGGCGGAGCUCGUUUUACCAAAGCCCAUACUACAGCGACAUAUACACUCAAGAGCUUGGAAGGAACCCUCUGUGGCAUUUCACCACUACUGGCAGACUUCAAUCUCGACUACAAACACCACAUAUACCAGCCCUGUCUGCCGCAUAUAUUCAAUGCCAUGAACAAGGCUGGCGCCCCGGAAGGCGACGACUCGCAUGUGUACAAUGGGUCUACUUGGCAGUCGUACUUCUUCCAGGCCUCUACCAUGCAGUUUGACAAGCAGUACGAAAUGAUGACUGACGGAAUCGGAUUCCCUAAGGAACAUGUCGUCAAUCGAGAAUACCUGCGAUCGGAUAAUGCGACGCACGGUGCCGUCACGCUGCCCAACAUCAACGCCUUCGCUUUCGAGGAGGAUCCUCUAGAAGAUUACAUUCGCGAUGCUUUUGUGUCGGCCAAGGAGAAGAACGAACGGGUUUUCCUCUCGCACAUUACCAGCACCAGCCAUCACGCCUUCAAACUGCCCGAGAAAGAGGAAUACGUCCCGGUCGCGAAAGGCCAUGACAUGCUGUCCCACUACGUCAAUACCGAAGGGUACGACGAUAAGUGGAUACGCAAGGUAUUGGAUCUGCUUGAUGAGCAAGGUGUUACCAACGAGACCCUCAUUGUAUUCGUUGGCGACCACGGGUUAUCGAUGCCUGAGAAUGACAUCGUGUCCCCAUACUAUAACCCCAAUGUCGGUGUCGACCACGUUCCUCUAGUGGUAUCGCACCCGUUACUGCCGGCCUUUGACGUCCAUGAUGCGGUACACUCGUCGCAGAUCCUGCCCACGAUCCUUGACAUUCUUCUCGAGACGGGCUCUUUGAACAAUGGCAGCCAGCAAGUUGCUGCUGACCUGGUCCGCAAUUAUGAGGGACAGUCCCUCAUUCGCCCACAGAUCAAUCAGAACGAGACAACAGGCCAGGGUAAUUGGCAGUUCACAAUCGUCAAUCCCGGUCGUGCCAUGAUAACAGCCCGUGACGCUCGCUAUCCCGAACGUCACCUCGUCAUUCCCCUCGUCGACAACGUUGAAUGGCGCUACACCAAUCUGACCUAUGACCCAAUGGAUCAAUUUGCAAUCCAGGGCUUCGACUUUGGUACCUUCCUCGACAGUAUUACACAUGAACUAGAUGAACGGUUCGCAAUGCCGAUGGAGGAGAUUGACGCCGUGGAGGGUUGGGUUCAAGAAGGAGCUUCAAUGGCUCGAUGGUGGGCAGAGGAGAACAGCAAGCGAUGGCGGUAUGGACCAUACGCUGAGUUCAAGCUCAAGCAGAAGCUUCCUUUGACGCCACCUAAUUAA